AUGCGACAAAAUACAGGUGUAAAUACCCACGGUCUUGAGAUUUGUUAUCAAAACUGUAGGGGAUUAAAUACUAAAACGCAUACAUUCAUGAAAAAUUUAACAUCUAAUUGCCAUAGUGUGAUCGCCAUUACUGAGAGCUGGUUGACUGAUAGUGUGUCUAGUGGUGAACUAUUUCCGCCUAAUUAUUCGGUUUACCGUAAGGAUCGUAAUACAGGAGCUCGGGGAGGUGGAGUUCUGCUGGCGGUGGAUGAUUGUGAGUACAAUUCUGAGAUAUAUGAGUUAAACUGUUCCAUAGAUAAAGUUGAUAUUUUGGCUGUAAAACUUUUUGGUUCCAAUCAUAUUCCGAUAAUCGUUAUGGUGGUUUACAUUCCCCCUGGAAUUUCUGUGAACGGGUAUGAUGAACUGUUUGAAUUGAUUGAGGACAAAUAUGAUGGUGGCAAUAUGGUUAUUGUUGGAGACUUCAAUAUACCGGAGCUUCUAAGUGUCUAUGGGGGGGCUGCACAUACGGGAUAUACGGCUCGUUUUGAUAACUUCCUGAACUUUUGUAAUUUGAGACAGUGUAACGUUGUGCGAAACCACAAUAACAGACUUUUAGAUUUGGUUGUUUGUCGGGAGGAUACCGUGUGUGAGGUGCUUUGUAAUGACGAUCCAUUAGUGCCGGUUGACCCGCAUCAUCCUGGACUUAUUGUGCGAGUUUCAUCCUGUCCUGCCAUACCAAGUAAUUUCACCUCUACUGCUAAACGGUAUGACUUCAAAAAAUUAGAUGUAGAAAAGUUUUGUCGACUCCUCGGUGGUACAGACUGGGGUCAGCUCUUGGGUGAUAUUGGGAAUGUACAUGAUGCUAGCGAUGUUUUCGACAAUACCGUUCAAGAUGUUAUCGCAAAGUGUGUUCCGAAGAAAAAAUGUUCCUCCCGUAAAUAUCCAUUAUGGUUCACAAAGGACUUGAUUCACAAAAUAAAAGUGAAAAAGCAUUAUCUGAAAAUGUAUAGAAAACACAGGCUGAUUUUUUAUCGUGAGCGCUUUAGAUAUUUCAGAAAAUCUGUUAAACUUGACAUAGAAUCGGCAUAUAGAGAUUUUAUACUGAGGUGUCAAGCUGAUUUGGAGAGUAGUCCUAGUAAUUUUUGGAAAUAUAUUAAUUCUAAACGAAAUAUAUCACGACUACCCGGGCACAUGUGCUUCAAUGAUAAAAUAUUGAAAACACCUAAGGACAUACUAAAUGCAUUCGCAGUUAACUUCAAGAGUGUUUAUGUUUGUGACAAUGAUGCGCAGAAUUCUAACACUCCAUUUGUAGAAUCUUUUAACUUAGGUCCGGUAUUGAAUAUAGGUUUGAUUUCUGAGGAUAUGAUUAUAACGGCAUCAAAAAAAACUAAAAAAUAA